AUGGCGCCCGACCUUGUCGAACGUGUCAGACGAAGGGCACUGCUGACGCGUCCAUUAACACCGUCGGAAGUUGACCACCAUGCAUAUAACACUCUAACCCCCAUCGAAAAGCCGCGACUGCGGGAAAGCGACGAUGUCCGUAGUACGCGAGAUACAACGCCCUCCGCCGGGCAACGGCCUACCAUGCUGUAUAGCUCUAGCGGUGAGAGAGUUUUUAUGGGCGGCGCUGCUGCCGUAUCCUUCCUUCAAUUCCUACAAGCGAUAGUGAAACGCUACGUCGGCCCCGUGGGUUUUACUGAGAGUCAGAAUAGUCGCAAGAUGUUCGAAGUUGAUGUCCCUGACACCGAAACGGACUUCUUUGCCGACGAGUUGAUGGAGACAGAGAAAUGGGCACUUAUUCAGUGCUUCUUAGAUGUCUCCAGUGGUCUUUUGGACCUCUUUAGUUGGGAGGAGAUCAAUCGGAUGGUUAAAGUGUCCAAUAGUAUUCGUAUGCCCAAUGCCGGUCGAUUGGAUAGCAACGUAAAGGAGGACCUCACCGCUGUAUACAUGAUGAUUGCUAUAGGAGCCCAGUGCAAAGGCAGCACCCAGGAAGACCUCUUAUGCGCAGUAAGAUACUUCUGUCAAGCCAGGAAAAUGGCCUUUUCAGGCUUCCUAGAGGAUCCAACAGUUUAUAUGGCCCGUGACUUUCUACUGAUGGCCUUCUAUAUGUUUGGAGCCUGCCGACGAAAUGCAGCGUUCAUGUAUAUUGGAGUAGCUGCAAGAGCUUCUAUAGUUCUUGGGCUACAUGUUUCCGGACAGUACAGACAGAUGCCUGCAGAGGACAGGGCUAGAAGGCUACGGAUCGGUAAAAGCAUACGAGUUCUCGAUCUCGUCUCUAGCUCUAUCUUAGGUAGACCUGGAAGUACAUCGUCACUCCGCACCGAUGACGUUCAUGUAGAUGACUUCGACCAAGAAGCUAGUCACCGUACCUCAGCGCUCAAUGCUGCGUACGAGGCCUCCUCAGUACUGGAGGCAAUUGUCCAGAGGCUCACUGACGGGGAGAAGUUGGAUGCUAAUUCUGCCGACCAUUUCCUGCAAAUCUGGCGUGAAUGGAGUCAAGCACUGCCCGACAAACUACGUCUACGACCACGGAAAGAACCCGAUCUGGGAUUAAAUCCAGACUACCGGGAAAAUAUGACUGGGAACAUCCAUGUCGCCUGCACUUACUAUUUUGGCGUCAUCCUUGUGACACGUCAAUCUUUGAUCCAGCACAUUAUGCCGCAGAUACGCGGUAAGCGACCAAGGAAGACGACCGUCCGUCAAGAGACCAGCGAAGGAAACGAGAAAGUUGCUGAACUGUCAAGCGUUUGCACUGACGCUGCGACGUACAUGGCACAAAUGUGCUGUGACGCAGCCGAGGCUGGUAUUCUGUGGGGGAAUAUGUGUAUCUUGAAAGCAUGGCUCUUCGCAGCCGGCCUGGUCUUGGGAUUUUCUCUUCUCGCGGAAGGGCAGACGACCUCGGAAAUUUGCGAUGCCUUUCACAGCGCACGGCGUCUGCUCGGGUCAUUAGGACACUUGAGCCCCCAGGCGGCACAGUACCAUCGUAUUCUCACGAGCUUUUCCGAGGCCAUUGAUGUCUACCGUGAGCGGCUACGACGUGAGCGGCACGAGUCUCGGACGCCAUUUGUUGAACGGAUUUUGACUCUGGAUCCGAGCAGUGACACUAAUAGUGAUCAGCAAAACAAUCAAGAACCUGCACCUAUCGCCACAGUGAAUGGCGAAUCAAGAAUGGGAGAGAAUGAAGAAGAGUCCUUCAUGGAAUCACUCUCCGGCUUUCUGAGUUUACGAGAAACAUCUGACUGGCCGCCACCGCUGGGGAACGACGACCUAAUGCUACGCCUAUUUUGGGAUGGAUAUGCCCUCAACUUCACAGACUAUCUCCCGCCCGAUGAGACAGUACCUCCUCCUACUUGA